AUGAAAGCUCUUGACGUCAACGGAAACACCACGAAAGAGGGCCAUGACCUAAGCACUGUCGAAUCGCAAGCAAAUGGACAACUCUUCGAGGACGUCUUUAGCAACGAAAAUGGUGAGGUCAACUUUCGAGGCGUAUCCUGGCAGGCUGCGGCUGUCCUUGUCGCAAAAUUCCAGAUCGGCCUCGGGGCUCUCAGCCUCCCACGAACCUUUCAUGUCCUCGGGUUCUUUCCCGGCAUUCUCUGUUUCCUUGUCUUAGCCAUGAUAUCAACCAUCGCCGGCUACCUGUGCGGCAACGCAAGACAAUAUUACCCACACAUGCACAGCAUAGCAGAUGCCAGCGAGCUCCUCUUCGGAAAAGGGGCUAGAGAGGUAGUGGGGUUCAUCUACUACCUCUACUUGGCCAUGACGGCUGGAGCAGGUUUGCUCACGACCUCGGUUGCGUUCAACGCCCUAUCCGACCAUGGAGCUUGUACGACUGUCUUCGUUGGCGUUACCUCCAUCGCCGCCUUUUUGAUCGGCACUGGCUUUCGAGGUCUUCAAAAGGUCGCCUGGAUCAGUUGGGUGGGAGUCGCGGUCAUCUUCAUCGCCAUAUGGACAACAGCUAUAACCUGCCUCACUCAAAGUCGUCCAGCCGCCGGUCCAGCAAGCGGGCCCAUCGAUCUCGAUGUCCGCGCGUUUCCGAAGACGACCUUUCCCGAGGCGAUGACGGCGAUCUCCAAUCAGCUGUUUGCAGUGGGCGCCUCGGCAACAUUCUUUUCCAUUUCGGCAGAAAUGAAGCACCCGGAAAAGUUUACGCGGGCACUCAUCUGCGGUCAGGCCUUCAUCGUGGCGACCUGUAUUGCAAUCGCAACCAUUGUAUACGCCAAGGUUGGGCAGUACCUUGCGAGCCCGGCGUUGGGAUCAGCUGGACCCCUUAUCAAAAAGGUGUCAUAUGGCAUCGCGCUACCGGGGCUGCUUGUGACUGCGAUUUUGUACAGUCAUAUUGCGGCCAAGUAUUGCUUUGUGAGGUUCUUGCGGGGCACAAGACACCUACAGGUAAACACUGUCAAGCACUGGGUUGCAUGGGUAGGAUCGAUGUUGGUGACUGUGGUAUUCGGGUUCGUUAUUGUUGGCGUGGUGCCUUUCUUUAGCGAUUUCUUGAGUUUGGUAGGAGCGCUGGUCAACCCCAUUUUUACGAAUGUUGUUCCUGGGUUCAUGCUGUUAUUCUAUGUCGCGCGGAAGCCGGUAAAGGUCACAGACACACUAGCCAUAUUGAGACGCGAGCAGAGCGCCGCGCCUCAGCAGCAGCACUGGCUUGUGGAGGCCAUGGCUGCAUGUAGGAAAGGGGAAUGGAAAGAUGCCGCGAUGGUAGCUGUGGGAGCUUUUAUGAUUCUAUCUGGAGCUUUCAUCAUUGUUGGAGGUACUUACUCGACAAUCCUUAGCAUCAAGAAGUCAUACGACGACGGUCUCAUCGGAGGUGUCUUCUCCUGUGCGGACAACUCCACUUAA